UGUCUCUGGCUGAGGAGGUGAAGGCUCUCCUGUCUCUGGACGAGGAGGUGAAGGCUCUCCUGUCUCUGGCUGAGGAGGUGAAGGCUCUCCUGUCUGAGGAGGUGAAGGCUCUCCUGUCUGAGGAGGUGAAGGCUCUCCUGUCUCUGGAUGUGCGGAGGAGGUUUCCCGAUGUCCGUCACCGCGGUUGUGACUCUGCUGCUGGUAGUUCUGGACGUGGAGGCCAGUGGGGAGUACUGCCACGGCUGGAGAGACUCCCAGGCAGCCUGGAAAGAAGGCUUCCAGUGUCCGGAGAAGAUCGACGGGGUGGACUCGAUCAUCUGCUGCGGGAAAUGCGAGCUGCGCUACUGCUGCUCCAGCACCGAGGCCCGGCUGGACCAAGGCAGCUGCGACAACGACCGGCAGGCUCAGGAGCCCGGGGCAGGGGACAAGGACAACAAGGACUCCGGGGCAGUGCCCAUCUAUGUGCCAUUCCUGAUCGUGGGCUCGGUGUUUGUAGCUUUCAUCCUGGUGGGCUCCGUGGUCGCUGUGUGCUGCUGCCGCUGCCUCCGCCCCAAACAGGAACUGUCAUCAGGAGGUGCGUCAGGAGGAGGGGCGGGAGGUGGGCGCCUCAUGGAAACCAUCCCCAUGAUGGCCAGUGUUGGGACCUCUAGGGGUUCGUCGUCACGCCAGUCCAGCACAGCCACCUCGUCCAGCUCCUCUGCCCCGCCCGCUGCCCCCCGCCCUGCUCCCCCUGCUCUCAUGCGGGCUCAGGCCUCCUGCUGCCUGCCCCCCGAUGCCAGCGUCUUCGUCAACAUGCCCACUAACUUCUCCGUACUCAACUGCCAGCAGGCCACGCAAAUCAUGCCUCACCAGGGACAGUUCCUUCACCCGCAGUACAUCGGCUACGCCCACCCUGCCGCCACCUUCAUGGACCCCACUCAUGGAGGAUACAGACCCCUCCAGUCCCCCUGUCCUCCCCCAACCGGUGGGUCCAGUGUCAUCGGUGACCAGAAAUACCCUGCAGUGACUGUAUGAUGAGGAGCCAACCUGCAGACCGCUCUGCUUCUUUUGUGAAGUUUCACCAGUGAGGGCUGCGCCAGAGACCUUUAGGGGACGCUGCCAGAGUGGAAAAAGAAAGGCAGGGAGUCAGACUCACACGAAGGACUCAUAAACCUGUUGCUGGCUGCAGGGCCUGCCUUGCUAUUGUGUGUGCUGUGUGUCUGUUUAGUGUGUCAUAUGAUCUCUUGGCGAGUUGGAAGGAGCUAAACUCAACCUUUGAUGGAUGCAUAAACAAUUUUCUGUCUUGACGCAAAGACAAAACUGCAUAUAGGAGGGUUAUACAGCCCAGAUGGGUGAUCAUGCACAGCUCACUGCAGCUUAAAUAAAGACUGUGCAGGUGUUUCUUUUUCAUGCAUGUGUAUGUGAGAGUGAGAACAAAGUUUUGUUAGCUUAUUUGUGCUGGAAUGAGUGAUGACUGGAUGAUUUAUAGCAGUGAACUGUAUGAAAAGUAGAUAUUCAAGCAAAAAUAAUGACCACAUGCUGUUUAUGCCAUGUGCACAUCUGCACUUGUGAAUGGUUGUGAGCGGUUUAUACAGUACAGUGUAUGUUUGUUUGUGUUGAAAGUGUGAGGAAAGAAAGCGUGUGAAAAGAUGUUUGUACUGUAUGUGUGUGAGUUAGUGCUGAGGGACGUGGUCAUAUGAGUAACUGUGAGUGAACUGCGUGAUGGGAAAUGCAGGUGGUGUAAUGUGAAAGGCAGUCGCAAUCUCCCUGUAGACCAUUUAAACUCUAAUGAAGUGAACACAGGACAUGGACUGUGACGCUCCACCCUUCCAUACAACCCCCCUCCUGCCACCCAAAAAGAGAAAAAAAUACAAAAAAUAAACCCAAACUGCCCUGAGCGGAAACACACACAUACACCCCAAAAAAUGUUAAUUAUUCAUGCAAGGCUGGCAGUUAAUGUACCUGAGAAGUUUGUGUGUGUGUAUGUGUGUGUGUGUGUGUGUGUGUGUGAGUGUGUGUGUGUGUGUGAGACAGAGUUCUCUGAAGAUUACCAAGUAAAUUAUGCAGCGAAAACUGCCCCCUUCACUUCUCCCCUGUGAAAGGUGUGUGUGUGUGCAUGUGCAUGUGUGUUUAACACUACCACAGUUCAGUGCGUUAGAGGAGGGCAGGGGCAGCUCCAGGGCAGCUUUGACUCAUUAUUUUCCACUAAAGAGCACAGAAAUGGCCGUUGCUUGCUAAUCUAAAAAAAAGAACAGAAAGAAAGAAUAGAGUCAAAAGCUGCUUUUUUUCCUGUGUACUGUUGUGCAGCUGGGUCACUGGUAUCUCUGUAACAUGCAACUUGAGGAAUGUGCUGCUCCACUGAGCGUGCAGCCCGAGACGUCCCAAAGUACUGAAACUGGCACGUCUGUGUGUUACCUCGCCUGUACGCCGAGCCCAAUGUCUGUGAGAUACAAAAGGCAGCUUGUGUGUGAAAAAACCCAACAGUAUCUGUAAAAUGAUGUAUGAAACUGGUCCAAUUUGAUGCAGGAGUGCCAUUUUUUCACAUGACUUCUAAAA